UUUCUUCCCCUCGUGUGAUCGUGAUUCGUGGACGUCUACCAUAGGCGAAUCUUCUCUCUCUUUCCAUUACGACCUCUCCAGAAACGAGAAGACAGUUUGCCUGAUUCAUCGCAGCUCGAUCCGAAUCCGAAGAUGAACGACUCCGAUGUCUCCAAGCAGAUCCAGCAGAUGGUCCGAUUCAUCCGCCAGGAGGCGGAGGAGAAGGCCAACGAGAUCUCCGUCUCCGCCGAAGAAGAAUUCAAUAUAGAGAAGCUGCAAUUGGUGGAGGCUGAGAAGAAGAAGAUCAGGCAGGAGUACGAGCGCAAGGAAAAACAAGUUGAAGUGCGCAAAAAGAUUGAGUACUCGAUGCAACUGAAUGCUUCUCGAAUCAAGGUUCUCCAAGCUCAGGAUGAUUUGGUCAAUUCCAUGAAGGAAAACGCAUCGAAGGAACUUCUGAGUGUUGGCAGUAGUCAGAAUAACUAUAAAAAUCUCCUGAAGAAUCUCAUUGUUCAGAGUUUGUUGAGGCUGAAAGAGCCAUCUGUGUUGCUGCGCUGCCGUAAAGAAGACGUGCAAUUGGUAGAGUCUGUCUUGGAUUCAGCAAAGGAAGAAUAUGCAGAGAAAGCACAAGUUCAUCAGCCUGAGAUUGUUGUUGACAAAAUCUAUCUUCCACCAGCUCCUUCUAAGAAGAAUGAGCACGAUCGCUACUGUUCCGGAGGUGUGGUGCUGGCUUCUAGGGACGGGAAAAUUGUUUUUGAGAACACUCUCGAUGCCAGACUGGAUGUUGUAUUCCGCAAAAAGUUGCCAGAGAUCCGCAAGAGUCUAUUUGGUCAGAUUUCCGCUUGAUGGUUGAAAACGUGUGCAUCUAUGACACUAGAUUGGCCAUCGAUCCAAGAGAAUUCAUCACCCAGUGGCUUGUUCGUGGCUGUAUAUGUUUCAUUCUUCGUCACAUUCUUGAUUGCAUCGCGAGGUGCACCUUAUCCACAUUCCGUGUGUACCUGUCCGUUCAGUGUUUUCCUUAAGUUUAUGUACGCAUAGAAGUCUAGCUCGACGCUGCUAUUUAUUUCUCGAUUCUGUUAUUUUUGUAAGCUGCUUGGACCUAGUUUUUGUUCCUGGUUUUAAUAAACAGAUGACAUAGAUCAUCUUGAAAAAAUUCCUACUAUUGUAGUAAGUAUUUGGGCACAUGUAUUUGGUACUACUACUAAGUUUGUGUUUAUCAAACAUUGUCUUACAUUA